AUGGCAUACUCGUCCUCUAGCAGUGACUACACUGACACAGAGCACUGUGACUCUGAAACCAAAUCCAACCUGAGCCUCUCUGUGGGCUAUUUCCCCUAUGAGGACACCUUCAUCUAUGAGACACCCUCCUGUGAAGACACGUCUUGCAAGGGUUCUCCAAUCCCUUCCCUCCCUCCUAUCCAAGGGACAUGGCGAACUGAAAGCAGAGGGAGACUCCUGAAGAGACAAGACCAAAUUCAAGACAAGCCAGAGCAGUUUUGCAAACUAAGCAUCCCCCUGGCCUGGGAUGUUGACGUGGGCUCUAAUAAUGCAGACUCAAUAGCUAAUUGGGAUCUAAAUGGAGACAAACAGUGGAUAGACAAAUACCCAAAAGAGAGGAAACUGACUCUCAGCAGGCUGAAUGGUCUUCUGCAAAAGCUUCAGACAUUUCUAGAAAAUCAGAAAGACGAUGACUCUGUGUUCCCUGAAUCUACUCAGGAGGAAGAUUUCCAACUGUCCAGCAGCUCUGCUCCUGAUAUGGUUCAGAUGAUAAGCCAGGCAACCAGCAGCCACAGGACAAGCGCAAAAGACACCUCCUCAAUCUCAUCAGAGCAGCCAGAGAAGGGGGACACUCCUUCCGACACACAAGCCAUCUCCUGUCUCAACUGUGGCUGCGUUUUCCGCUGGCUCAGGAAGCACAUCCUCGGCUCUCUGUUGAGGAGACAGCACCGUAACAAGCCCACUGGGAGCCCCCAUCAGCUGGCACCAAAGAAAAGACACUGUCGAGCAAGCAGGAGAAUCCAUACUCAGGAAUCCCUCUAA